AUGGUUGUUCUCUCAGAACAUUCAGAAGGAUCUUCAUCUUCUUCAUCAACUCAUAAAGGUCAUAGAUUUGACGUAUUUUUAAGCUUCAGAGGUGUUGAUAAUCGUCAUUUUACCACUUACCUUCAUAAGGCACUCAUGGAUGCCAGUAUCAGUACUUUCUUGGAUGAUGAAGAGAUGGAAACAGGGGAGAAUCUGAAACCAGAAUUGGAGAGUGCUAUUAGAGGAUCUAGGGCUUCUGUUGUUGUGUUGUCUGACAAUUAUGCUACUUCCACCUGGUGUCUUGAUGAACUUGUGUUGAUCCUUGAGCAACGAAUGAAAUCCAGUCAUGUUGUAGUCCCCAUCUUUUAUCAUGUUGAGCCCACCCAUGCCAGGAAGCAAAAAAGUAGCUUUGGAGAUGCAAUGGCUAAACAUAGACAAAGGAUGGAGGCAGAGACAGAUGCAAAUAAAAGAAGUAAAUUGGCUCAAAAGAUGGAAAAAUGGAAUAAAGCGCUUGUAGAAGUUGCUGGUUUAAAAGGGAAGGAUAUAAAUGGAAGGCAUGAGCUGCAGUUUAUUGACGAAAUUGUUAAGGACAUCCACCGAAGAUUACGGAUAUCCGCAAGGAGUCCUCUCCCACUACUUAUGGGGAUGGUCUAUUCCAUUGAAUUUGUCACUUCAUGGUUGAAAGAUGCAUCCUCACAUACAGCAAACAUACUCACUAUUUUAGGUAUUGGUGGUAUUGGGAAGACAUCUUUAGCCAAGUAUAUCUAUGGGUUACAUUGUCAUGAAUUCCACACAAGCAGCUAUAUUGAAGAUGUCAGUAGGAGAUGUCGUGAAAAUUUUAGUGGGUUGCUUGAUUUACAAAAACAACUUUGUGAUGACAUUUCAAAAACAAGUUCGAUGAAAUUUCAUGAUGUUUCCAUUUACACCUCAAAAAUAGAGAAUGCACUAUCCCGUAAAAAGGCGUUUCUAGUUCUUGAUGAUAUUGAUAGUCUAGACCAGUUGGAUGCAUUACUUGGAAGUAAAGGCUUUCAUCCAGGAAGCAAAGUUAUAAUAACAACAAAGGAUGCAUGGUUGACAGAGAGUUGUGCAUUAUUCAAAACGAACGUUAAACCCAAGCAUACAAAGCACGUGCUUAAAGGCUUAUAUAAGACCGAAUCACAAAAACUUUUGUGUUUUCAUGCAUUCAUGUCCAACAAUCCCAAGGAAGGUUAUGAAGAGGUGUCAGAAAACCUUGUAAAGUAUUGUGAAGGACAUCCAAUGGCUCUUAAAGUUUUGGGCAGGUCUCUGCACAAUCGAGAUGUAUCUUAUUGGGAGUGGUACAUAGAUAGGCUAAAUAAAGAAAACGAUUCCCCUAUAAAUAAUGUCUUGAGAAUGAGCUUUGACUCUUUGCCAUCUAAACAUAAUAAGGACAUGUUUAAGCAUUUUGCUUGUUUUUUUGUUGGAAUGGAUAGAGAUGUUGCUGAAACAAUAUUACAGGCAUGUGGUUUGGAAACAAGAACUGGUAUCACGAAUCUAAUUGACAGAUGCCUUCUUAGUAUUGGAUGGGAUAACGAGUUGAUGAUGCAUCAGUUGGUUCAGGAUAUAGGAAGAUUCAUAGUAUAUGAAGAAUCACCGGACAAGCCAUGGAAACGAAGUCGAUUAUGGUGUCAUGAGGACAUAUUCAAAGUGCUGGAAGAAAAAAAGAGUACAAGAAAUCUUCUAGGCCUUGCCUUAGACAUGCGAAGGCUUGAGAAAGAGAAGGUGUGUGCAUCAUUUGAGCUGAAAACGGACGCAUUGAGUGACAUGGAUAGUCUGAUGCUACUACAACUCAAUUAUGUGCAGAUUAAUGGGUCUUACGAGAACUUUCCAGAAGAAUUAAGAUGGCUUUGUAUGCAUGGGUUCCCUUUAAAGUCCAUACCUUUGGACUUACCAGUGGAGAACCUGGUUGCUCUUGACAUGUCAUAUAGCAAUAUUGAAUCAUUUGGCAUUUAUUAUAGUAAUCCACAACGACUUCAGAAGAGGCAAAAGUUGAUUGGAUCAUGCUCAAAAGAUAAAAGGAAUCUGAAAUCCAGAUGUAUUAUGAAUUUGGAAUAUUCAGCACAAUUUAUGGAGGCCAAGAGAUGCCAAAUUGGAUUACAGAUCGAAGCAUGGGGCCAUCAAUAUCAUUUUCCAUCCCAUCAUCUCCUGACAGAUUCAGAGGAUUGAAUUUCUUCAAUGAUUGUACGUUGCAAUUUCGAAAAGACAACUCGUUUUAUUUUCCAAUCAUCAUAAUUAGGAAUAUAACAAAGAAUCUCACCUGGAUAUACACUAAUUAUGUUUACAAAGUGGAUGUAAGUGGAGAUUGUGUGAUAUUUUUAAGCCAUUGGAUGUUUGGGAUGAAUGAGAUGGAAGGUGGUGAUCAUGUUACUAUUACCGUGAGGCAGCAACAUUAUUGUAUUGCUAAUCAAGUUACAAAGGAGUGUGGGGUGAGUUUUUUGUAUGAUGAUGGAGAAGAAGAUGUGUUGGGUUAUUACAAGUCAUGGAAUCAUAUAAUUGGUGGAGAUCUCAUUGGAUUUCAAACAACAACAGGAGAAUACAUCUUAAACAACAUGCGAUUUAUGUCUCCUGAUCUUGUUGUUUCUUCAUUAUAUCGUCAAUUCGUUGGAGAGGAUGCCAGCUAUAAAGAGGAAGAAGUGAGUUUCAGAGCUUUAUCCCAAAGGAAGUCUGACAUACUUGGAAAUGGCCAAAUCAAAACGUGGGGCCAGUCACAGAAAAGUCAAGAGCCCGAACCGAGUCAAACAUUAGAAAAGCUCACUUCUCAAGGCAACAUUCUGUAGCAGUGUCAAAGGGCAAGAAAGCUUGCACAAUCCAUCCAAUCAUCAAGUUUAUCUCAUACAAUCUACACAGGUGUUGAUUGAUGAGUCGCCUUAACCUACAAGAAGGUAUUUGGCCAGGGAGGAUGCGCAACAGCUCAAGGAAUUAAUUGAUUCAUAGAUGGGUCUUAUUGACCCAUGCUAUGUCACAAAAAUAUAGUAAUUGACAUUUCUGCCAUCUACAAUCUCGCAGACUUGAAUUUUGCGGGGAAAUAUGGCGUGGUUUAGAGUCCAACUUGCAAAAUGCACCACAUAUGAAGCUUAAGACUGCCAAAAACCAAAAAACGCAUCGAUAAAGUUCUAAACCCAUGUUAUACGGUGUGGACAGUUUUUGUGAUCUGAUGAAUAUAAAUAAUUAAAUUUAGCUUAAUGCAUGUAGAUUUUUAAUUAGCUAUGUGUAUUUAUGCUUUAGGCCA